AUAUAAGCCGGUGAAUGGCAUUCUGAUUUUAGUGUGUUUUUUAAACUAAUAAGAAUGCGUAUUAUUCUCGUCACAGUCAGUCUCGCUCUCUUGGUCAUCGUGAGUGCUGUUCCAGUCAGCAAUUUCAAGGAUGAGCUAAAGGACGCUGCUGAGCAGACUUUUUUCGAAAUUAAUUCUAAAUAUCGAGAAUAUAUUCCAACAGGGAAGUUCAUAAUCCCAAAACUGACGGAGAUGAACGAAUUUGCUGAAGAUCGAUUAGCUGAAUUUCAGAGUAGGGCUACUGAAAUGAUACGUGUGGCCAAAGAAGCUGGAUACACUGACGAUUUCCUCGAUGAAUUAUACGAUAAAUUUGCUGAGGAUAAUCUUAUUACGUCUAAAUCUAUGCAUUUCGUUAGUUUGCUAAAUUAUCUGAAUGGUGUCGAUCUGUAAUUGCUCAAGUAAGAAACAUUUAAUAAAGAAAAAUACAAUCAAAUAAAAUAUUAGAA